AAAACACCUUUAAAUUGACGACAGCGUCACGUAUCAAGCCAUGUUCUGGUUCUGUUCAUCUGCCAUGUAUAUAUAUUUAUUUGCCAUCAAAUAUUACGGCUAAAACCCGCGCAGUUUGCCAGAUGUUCCCGGUCCAGCCUCAAUCCGAUGCUCAUGCUUGGGCUUUUGGUCAGCCUCUGGCUGCCACCGUCGUCUCUCCUCAAUAGCUUCCGAGAAAUACAUACCGCAAAUAGUUUACAAUGACAAAAUCGCAUGCGGGCUUGACUCAAGUCCUUAUGGUGAGAAUGCCGCUUCCGGCUUUUGAGAAACUCGGUGGAUCCUUUCAUGGUAGGCUCCUUUCAUGGCAUGCGGACAAUCAUCGUAACUCAAGGUCUUUGUCUAUCUCGGAAAGACAUUAUCAUGCUCUGAGUCUAUUCUUCUCUCUCGAAAGAAAGAAGAUUUUGUUGGUUGCGAGCGCAUAAUUAUUUUCAGUCCCAGAGAGUUGUUUGGAGAAUCGUCGUGAUACGAGAAUCAGUACAUCUUCUACUCCACAGGUUCAAGUUAUCCCCUAUUAUCCAGGAAGACGAUUUACAAGCCAUGUCUGGAGACAAUUGGCGGACGGAUCCUAGCCGCGAUGAAACGUCGUCGCGGUUUGUGAAGGGGAUUACUUCGACGAAUUCGCGCCAAUCUUCUCUAACGGGGAUGACACCGAUGAAUUGGCGCCAACCUCCUGCAACGGGGAUGACACAAAAUCCCAGCAGGAUGACACAAAUUCCCAGCACAUCGAGUGGUCCCAAUUAUGGCUCCGGUGUCAGCACCAUUAAAUUUAUGGGAUCGAGAACUCGCCAUGAGUUUAUGCCAGGCAGAAUCGCUUGUGUUUGGAGCUUCACUGAGGAUCAUCUUAAUUUGGCACGAUCCGACAUAGACCGAAAGAAGGAGGAUUUACUCACCCCGGAUAUUCCAGGAAUGAAGGCAAUGAAUGUAUUCGUCAAAAUCCGCAAGGUUAUUGUCAUCGCGCGUUUUAUCGACCAUUGCAUAGCAUUGCCAGUUUUUACGCACAAGGGGUUCGGGCUUGCUUCAAAACCAGAGAUGAGGGGCGAAUAUGUGUCUAUUCGAAACAAGUUCGAUAUUAAUCCAAACGCCGAAACGGAACAUGGAUGCAUUUACACAACCACAACAUCAGCAGAGGCUGGCCGGAAAAGCGUAGCCCCGUGUGCAAAUGUUUGGUUUACAUAUCCCCAAGCGGUGUCUUAUAGGAGUAGGGUUGAAUUCCUUGGUAACUUGGACCCCGGAUCCCUAAGCAAACUCUGCGAACUUUACAUGAUGGCGACUAAGGGUGCCCUAUCAACCACACUCAUGGGGCUGGAUCCUACGCUGUGGAGCAAUGCGCCAUACAGUCUUGGGAGUGAGAAGCGGCAACGCCCGGCAGACAAGACGGGCCCCGAAAAGCAGACAGGCCUAGUAAAUACGGCCCAGCCCGUGAAUCAAACAUAUUCGACGGCGGGACGGGAGCAGACUUAUGCGGGUGCUGUACUCCAGCAAACAGCAUCGGGAGCGGCAACGGCGCAAACAACUGGCAUCGCUACAGGAUUCCAACCUCUGAAGCGGGCCCGGGAACCUGAACCUUCGGAUGAUAUAUCCAUGAACCCCGUCAAAAGAGUGAAAAUGUAGGAGUAUACGGACAUUGACACUCAGAGAGGGGUGAGAUAGGGACGGGCGACGGAUAAGUCGGUUUCCAGAAAGAAAACGGACUGUUUUAUUUGAUUUUUCAGUAACAAUGUGAAUUGGAUUUUUGCACAGAGUAGUUGGUGUCUUUGCUUACUGCUUCGGAAAUUGGACUCAUUUCCUCCAACCGAUUUUGAAUAUUCUUUUGGGGCUCUACUUGAUAGUAUAUAUGAAUGUGGAG